UCAAUCCUUGUUAUUUGAAGGAUUUAACUUAAAAUUCAAACAUUAAACAAUAUCUUUAAGUCUCCCUCCUAACGCAGAUCGUAAAAAAGUUAUUUAACCACAGUUAUUAAUUGUCGGAAACUGCUUUUGAUGGAGUUGCAAGUCUACGAAUGAACUAAACAAGUAGUCUGCCGCAGAAACAACAAUUCGCUUUUACGCAAAAACAAUUGAGGUUCGAGCCCUUAAUUGGUAUAUUGGAUUGGAGUUCAUUUUCUAUCAACCUUUUACAAAUUAUUGCCUGUUCGGCCCAAUUGUAAAACAAUGGCAGAGUGAUCAAAAAACAAAUUUGGGACAUGUUUGAUUCUCAUACACAUACCUCGUAAAAUUACUGUUUACCCCAUAAAAUUGAUAAUUCUGUGGGGGAAAAUGAAAACGCUUUUCCCCUGAGAUAGUCCAACCAUUAAAUUAUAGAGCUGGUUUAUUUAAUUGAAAAUUUUACACCUCUCUGAGCUGAGAAGUAAAAAUUUGUGCUUUUGUUGUGCGCUGUAUCAUUUUUCAGCAGAAUCGGAUCUAUGGUUUUAUGAGACAAAGUUUUAAACAGCACAUCGAAAAUAUAUUGAUACUUUUCCUGGAAAGUUAUGAACAUUAUGAAAAAGGAUUGGUUAAUUUUGUCCACUUUGCGAUAAUGAUUUUGCCCAUUUUGUAGCAUAUGUCUCAGUACUUUUGACUUUUGCGUUGUCGCUCAAUCGAAAAAUUGAAGAACCUAUAUGAAUUGGAGGAGCAUUCCGAAUAAUUCUAUGGGCUCUGCUCGUUUCAAUCCUUUUUUAUCAAAUAUUUUUAGCUUAAGUUUCUGUUUAAUUUGUUCAACUUUAAAAGAUUUCGUUGAUUGAAACGUGAAAAAGUGCUCAAACAGCAGUGUUUCACGCAGUUUAACAAUUAUUUCACACUUACCCAUUCUUAUUAAUCGUUCGGAUUCUUUUUUCUUCAAUUUCUCUCAAUUAUUUCACUUUAACAAAAAUUUUAUAACCGAGAAUAGCUUUAAAAAAGUCUAAAUUCAAGAAAUUCCACUGAAACAAACGAAUGAACAAACUGACAAUAUUUGAAGUGUCGAUAUUGUGAAGUGACGUUAUUUGACAUGAAGCCAAAUGGCGUCUGGCGGAUUAUUUGUUAACACUCACAAAUCACUUAUGUGUGUGGAAACUUUCAGAAGACAGAAAAAGAACAGACAAUCGUGACACAAUUUCGCACAUGCCAUCACAAAUAAAAGUACAUCAAGUAAUUCUAUUUUCCAUUGAGAUUAAUUGGUCAAAUCUAUUGUGGUAUUCGCAGUCCAUUAUAGUUUCAUUAUCAUACUAAAAGAACCAAUAUCAUUAAGCUUAAGAGCCACCAAGAAUUAAGAACAUCUUCUUGAGUUAACCUUAAAACUUGAUAAUAAUCUUGCUGAAUUUUGAAACUAAUAUCGCCAUACUUUUGAUAAAUCUUCGCAAUCUUGACAACAUAGCAAGGCGUGUGAGACUUUAAAACGAAGUUUGAAGAUGGGACCUUCUGAUUAAGUUGAGAAUACAAAGUAACGCCUUUUUACCCUAUCAAUUUAUAAUUCGAUUGCUUUAUAAUGACGAUCAAAACCCUUGUCAAAACGGUAGAACAAUUCCAAUUGGAGUUUUGAGAAAAAGGAUUACAUAAUAAAGCUAUGGAGACAAUGUGAAUAAUGAGAAAACCCACUGAAAUGUCAAGAAAUUGUUUUAUCCUUAUUUUAUCCGUGUGCUCUAUUGCGGAUCGAUUGUAAAGAUUGGCACCAUAUUACAACUAAAAUUCUAUAUUCUUUCGUCCAUACAUGUCAUCGAUAAAUGAGUGACAACAUUACCUCUCAUCACUUCGACAUCUUACGAAAUCUUAUGCGACGUUUUGCUUGACAAUUUUGGCUUAAAUUAUUCAGCUGUUGGUAGUGCGAACUUACACUAGUUGACAAAGUUCAGUGUACGUUUCUUCGUUCGGCCGAUUCUUUCAGUUGUGAAAGUUGUGAAAGAGAAACGGUUACAAGAAAAAAGAGCCUCGAGACGUCCCUGACUUCAUAUGUUUCCACGGUCAACUGUCUCCUCAAGAUCAGCAUCUCCUCAAAGCGACGAACACCAGCUGCUUGAAGUGCGAAUGGGAACUGGCGCAGUGGGUGGGGGGAGUUUUAUCGGAGUGGACAGUGAUGCAGACUCCGAUGGGGGACUGGGAGGAGUUUCUAUCUGUGAGACGAAGAGCGUCAAGGGCGAACAUCAGCAGUCGCAACAGACGUCAGCAACCCAACUAGCCCAGUCUGAGAGAACGCGACUGGCUGUGUCUUUUGUCUACUUCAUUUUCUGCGGAGUCACAUGCGCUUACUCGGUGGUGUUUGGCAAUGACCGCAUGCCUCUGAACCAGCCCCCUUUGCGUGACCUCGUAUUUGACCUCGUGUCACCUCAAUUCUGGGCGUUGUCGUGUGCCGAGCUCAUCCUAAUAGUGCAGGGCAUCGUAACAGUGGUUAUUGUAACACUGCACAGAAACAGCAGCAUCAUCUUGCGUCGAUUUCUGUUCAUCUUCAGCACCCUGUAUCUGCUGCGUGCAAUUUGUCUCUUCUCAACCACCCUGCCUUUUCCCGGUGGGGACAUGGAGUGCAGUCACUCGGACGGGACCCCCUCCACCCAACUGGGACACUUGCUCUCCGUCUACUUCUCAGCCGGGAUAUCACUAUUCAGUCCAAACAAAGGUUACUGUGGAAACUACUUCUUCAGUGGACACACCAUCACCAUCACCCUCGAGUACCUCACCAUCCACCAGUACUCGCCCAAGUCAUGCAGCCUCCUAAGGAGCCUCUCCGCCCUCGCAUCCCUCAUGGCCGCCCUCUUUCUCGUCAUAUCCAGAGGACACUACACCAUAGACAUACUAG